UGAUUCGAUAAUUUCGAUUGUUAUUUUAGCAAAUUCUGAUAAAUUUCUCUACAUUUUCCACACAUUAAGUAACAAAACUUAUUCCUUAUCCAAAUACUUACUCGCAUUAACAAUGGCUGAUCGUCUUACCCAAUUACAAGACACAAUAAAUCAGCAAGCGGAGCACUUUUGCAAUAGCAUCGGUAUACUUCAGCAGUUCUCUACGCCUAGCAAGUUCCCUGGAUUCGACCGUAGUGGCUCUCAAACGCCACAACAACAACAAAGCCAAGAAGACUACGCUCUGUUGUUUGCAACUUUGAUCUCGCGCUGUGCUAAGGAUAUUGAUACGCUGAUCGAGUCGCUGCCGAGCGAGGAGAGCUCUACAGAGUUGCAAGUGCAGAGUUUGAGGCGUUUGGAGGCUGAGAAUAAGGAAGCUGCGGAGAGGCUUGAAGAGGCUGUCCGCCAAGGUGAAAUUCUGCUAGAGAAGAUCCAGGGGGCCCUCAGCGACAUUGCCCAGUGCCAGCUUGACAUGCAAAACCCAGCGCAGAUCCUAAACAAGGAUGUGAGACCGUUAUAGGACGUGAAGAAGCAUGGCGGA